AUGUUGCCUGGAUACUUGUAUAGUACCUACAAGAGGUACAAAGAGGAUACAUCUACUUUCAUCAGAUGGCUUUCGCAGACUGGUGAAAGUUGUGGUUACAGCUCAAUCAAAACCCCUACUCCGAUCGUUGAGGCUGCUCCAAAGUCGGCAAGACUGAAGGGCAAGGCUCGCAAAGCCGCAAAACAAGCGUCGAGUGGAGACUCCUUGUCUCGUCCAGCCACUGCAGUCAAACAAAGUUCUCGAAUUGUCGAUAUUCCUAUUUCCAUUAUUCGAGCUGGGCUUCGCGCCAUAUCCGCGCGUAGAAAGUGCACAUCAUUCUUCACGGAUUUAACCGCAGAAGACGAUAUUCAGCGUGCUCGGACUAAUGAAAGCCACGAAUUCUUCACCGACCUGAUGAAUAAGGUUUUGAUGGUAUUGCAACCCUCAUUUGCGGUUGCUACAGAAGCCACUUCUACCAGGGUCCAAAAUGCCAAGUGUCCUGAGGAAGACAUCGCCAAUCGUUUCGCGCAACUGGAGGUGGAGGAUUUAGAAGAUACAGAUGAUCAUGUUCCGGUCUCAACUGCAACUAAUUCCACUGAAGCUGAAGCAGUUUACGAACUUAAUAUAUCUGAGUCCACGGCUCACAAGGAAGAAAAAUUGUUUGCUAUCGUCUCUCUUUUCAAAGAUCUUCAGGAGUUACGAAAUUUCAUUGAAGGUAUCUGGAAGGACUACAAUGAGAAAAGAAUUGAUCUUAUCACUGCGGCUGCGACUACCAAUGUUGCCUUUCAACUCGGUAUUCGGGCGCAAGACGAAAUUACUGCAAACUUUCCUGGAUUGGACGACUAUGAUUAUGUAAUAAAGACAGUGUUAACAGCACUUCGAGGAGAUGCAACUGGAAACGAGGUUGAAGUCAGUGAAACUGUUGGCGACUUCGUUUUUACUCCCGCCCACACCAUCCUUGACAAUUUCUGUGACAUCUUGAAGCCUAACGAGGUCCCUGUAAUGAAGCGAGGAUAUCUUGGGGUCUAUCUUCCGCUAAUCGACCGAUCAAAAAAGUCCUCGUUAGAGAGAUUUCGAGAAGAUCAGAUCCUUUUGCUGGAGCUAUUACCGGAAUUCUCCUUCACUGCAAAGUACAAAUUGAAGCACUUCGCCAUUGAUGAAUUGACCAGAGGCAUCGGGGAGAUGACCUUGUCGAAAAAGAUACCUGUCUGGCUUACAUUCGCUACUACUGUGCUUUUAGAUAUUUAUCAUACCAUGCGCGAAGAUGUUGCUCUGGCUUAUCUCGAUUCUCAACUAAUUGUCAAAACCAAAAAGGCUAUACUGGACAAACACAUAGCAUUCUCGCGCAAUUUCACUCAUCCAGCCACAUGGCCUGCAAAGAAUCAAAAGGUCCUUCAAGGACUGGCUACCGAUAUUGAACAAAUGAUCAUGACAGACAUAAUCUUGCCCUGCAAGAGAGAGCAAUUCAAAAAGAACAGUUUUCCUCCACCAACAUCAGAGGAGGAUUUCUAUCUCUACAGACAUCACCCGAUUCUUUGUGGAAUUCUUGCAUUUCGCGCAACACUUCUCUGCCAGAGUUUUGGUGUUGCAUAUUGUAACGCCGUGGGUACGGUUGUAUUCCCCGCCCAGUUUUACAACGCUUUAAAACAAAAGCCUAACCCCUUGAACGCCUGGCCACUCAUGGAUCAGGCCAUCGCUGUACAUACUCCGGAACGAGUGUUUGUCGGAGGAGCCCCUCAGAAAAUGCAAGCAUGUUUUAGGCAAGCAUGUCUCAUGCUCGGUUGCUCACCGACGCAAUUUGCUGCCAAUCGCCGACCAGGCAGGGGAUCGGUAGCAUCCAAAAACGGCCCCAGAGGCCUCAAAGAAACCUCUCCCAUCGGCGAUCUAUUUCGUAAAGGCUUUGAAAAAGGAUCAAUAACCCUCACGCUUCAUAUCGAAAACAUACUGAACGAUCAAGCUCGCGACGAAGAACUAUCACGAAAUCCAAAAGCAAAAUCCUUGAAAUACGAAUGGCGCAGAACCAAGCGCCUCACUUCUCUUCAAUUCCUUGAGGCGCUCACAGGAGCUAUUUCACUUGAGCUAUCCGAUCUCAAUUUCAACUACUUUGAGCUCCAUCAACAAAGUGUGAUGCUUCUACGCAAGGUAAAUGUAGAGCUGAAGGCGGAUUUGCAGAACGUUUUUGGGCCUAACUACUUGGAAAAUGAAAGUCAGUUGCCUUUCGUUGGCUUAUAUGUUGUGAUGGCGGCAUGUAACACCGAGAAGACAGCUGAGAAUAUCGGCCUGCGUGGGACUAGCAGUUUAUUAUUGGAGAAAGCGGGAGAAAUAGUCGAGAAGUUUUUGAGCAAUCUUAAGAAUGAGGCAUAUCAAAAUGAGUAA